GAGUGACAGCCACAGACUCAGUCACCUCAUUUCCUCUGCCACUGUAGGUGUUGAGAGGGAGAAAAGGCUCCUGACCAUCAGCCAAUCAGCCUCCAGAGAAACCAAAAGACGACGUCGCCAGCUUAGACCAGACAUGGCUCUGUGGGGUGACACCAAACUCUUCCUCUGCAUCCUCGUCAUCACCUUCGGCUGCACUGUGAUUCUGGCAGAGAUACCAAAGGACUGCUGCUUGAAGGUCGCCAACGUAACGAUCGAGCGAGGCCGUAUUGGAGACUACAGGAGGCAGGUGGCUGGAGCGGGCUGCCGUAUUUCUGCCGCGGUGCUCGUGACCAGACAUCAGAGGACUCUCUGUGUGCCUGAUAAUGAACCAUGGGUCCAAGAGCUGAUGAAACAUGUGGAUCAACUGAAGGCAUGGUGCAAGAAGCGCAAAAACACGGGCAAACGCUGCUCUGGAGUGAACCGCCAGUAAACCAAACUCGGACCUGUUCAGCCACAUCGACUGCCCAAAGUCAUGGAGUAUAUUUCGAUCGAACCACUGAACACGUAGUCUAGAAAAACAGAGUGAUUCCUCCGGUUAUUAAAGAGUUUGUCCCUAUUUUAUCUGUCACUUAUGUAAAAUUGUGUUUGAGUUGCAAUAAAUCGAAAACAACUUGAAGGACUUAUAUUUUUUUAUUUGGUUUGUGUUUUAGAAGUCCGAGAUUUGCGCACAAAACCCAAAAUGUGAAUGUGUUUUGAGCGUGUUGUUCGCUAAGCUAGCUCAUAACUCGGCCUGUAGCAGCUUAUUGGUUGUAUGGAUUUAUUUGAGUGUCGGUCCUUUGAAAAUAAAACCUAUUUUUUUUCCAAA